AUGGCCAAUGUUGCUGAAGCCGCUGGAUACCCAGAAGAAGCCAAGAAGUCAUAUGAAUACACUGCAAAGAUGGAAGAAGAAGUAAGCUGUCUAAUGUUAAUGGCAUUUGUAUUUAUAGCUUAAAAUGCAUUUUCCUAUCAUUUUGUCACUGAUCUUUCAAACUAUUAUGUUAUUCAUAAUGACCUUAUCUCACACAUCAUCCUAUGCCAAUACAAACUCUUUUUCAGACCAGAAGACUUGGCAAAGUAGCUGGCAAAGAUGUUGAAGACCAACUUCAAUGUCUGAGAAAGGUGAUCUGUUCCAUGGAUAUCACUAAAGCAGGCCUUGAAUCCUUCAUUCGCAAACUUGAUGUCUUCCAGGUUGAAGUUGGAGGUCCUCAAGAAGAAUAUGACAAGCUUUGGAACUCGCACAAAAAAGUUUUGCGAAGAAUGGCUGAGAAGUUGCCGCGUAAAAACUAA